AUGCCGCGAUACGUUAGUGACGAUGAAGAACCUCUCGACGACAAGACGGCAGCGCUCACUCUCAGAAAUAAGCGCACCGAGCGCAUGAAGCGCAAAGAUGCAACGCGACAACAGAAGCGGGACGCCAUCGUCAAUCUCACCAAGCUCCCUACCGAGCUCAUUCUCGAAGGCCUCAGAUAUCUUGAACCUUCCGAUGUCUUCAAUUGCAGCUUCGUGAACCGUCGAUUCCUCAGUCUUGUCAACGCGAAUGCCAACGUUAUCGGCGAUGCCAUCAUAACCCGUCGUUACCACAUUCUGGCGCAAUGCUUUCCCAAGCCCAAGUUGCUCGACGAUGUGGAGCCCCAUUUACAAGCCCUUCUCACAGAUCCGAAUCGCCAGACGCAGCUCAGUAUUCACAAGCGACCGUACCAGCAUAUCCAACCGCCCGACGCGCAGGAGCUCUGCACCUGCUUGACGUGCAUCUUGACGUGGAACAACCUGGGGCUUGUGCUAGACUUUGCGCACUGGCAACCUCAUCUCGACACGGGAGAGCCAAUACCAAUAAUAGCUAGAGGGACAGUGCCAGAGUGGAACACUGAGCUUGUCGCACGCAAUGCAAGAAUAGCGCGAAGAGCUGUCGAGAACUCGCUGUGGUAUGCCCGCAUACUCGAAGCGCAUCUGGACAGUACCAGACGAUCCAUCAGCAGACAUGGGAAGAAUAAGGGAAACAAGAGGAUACAUGUCGCUAUGACAGAAGCAGAUGCUGAGUCCGGAACAGAUAGCUUCCUGGCCAAGCAUGGGCCGCCGAGUAUAGAGUUUCCCUAUCAGCGAGACGAAUACUAUAUGCUUGAAGCAUACCUGCCGAAUCGUUGGUGGAAAAAGGUCGAGGGACGCUGGGUAUACAACAUAGCAGGCCACCACGAGCGCGAUCUAGAGCUCGUCCAACGCCUUGCCAGCAGAGACCAGUUCGCGCUCUUGAACCACGCCAUGGCCUGCAUCGAUCAUGACAACUGGAUGACAGACGUUUUGGAUUUCAAGACUUACAUGGUGGCUAGCAAGCGUGACGCCUCUACAUCAAGGAGACCACGACUAAAGUACUACGCUGCAGUUGUAUGA